AUGGCGGACGCUGUGGUGCAAAUAACCUCCAAGACACAGCUUGACGAGCUGCUGAAAACCUCUCCCAUUCUCAUCGUCGAGUUCUACUCCGACUCGAACGAAUCAUGCCAGCAAAUCGCACCCGUGUACGCAGGUCUGGCUGAGCGAAUCUCGCGGCCCGGCCCUCUUACUUUUGCCAAGGUCGACAAUGAUACAACCCAAGACCUCGUCCAGGAAUAUGCCGUCACGGUGCUGCCCACGUUUAUCUUGUUCCGCAAGGGCAAGGUCAUUCACACGGUGCAAGGCGCAAACCCGGUUGAACUGAGGACUGUUGUAGGAAAGCUAAUCUCAGAGCUGGAGUCGCUGGCAGAGGCCGCAGGUGGCUCAGAGAGCGGCGGCGUUUGGAAGGGUGCUGAGAUCCCUAGAGGCUACAGCGAUGUUACGGACCAGGUAGAACUCAGAGGCUGUGAGCUGCUCAACGCAGAUGACAAUGCUGGCCCUGUCAAGGUCCUCUUCGAGAACUCAAAGCCGAGUGCCCUGGGCUUAGGCAAAUCUACCUCUACAGACUGGGUCCAGAGCGGAUCUGACGACCAGCUCCUGCUCUUUAUCCCCUUUCAAUCCACAAUCAAGCUCCAUACAUUACAGAUCACUUCUGUUCUUCCCGAAGGCAGUAACGAUGUGUCACGACCUGUCGUCCUCAAUUUGUUCAUCAACCGCACAUCCAACAUGGAUUUUGGAGAGGCAGAGGAUGCUGAGCCCACACAGUCCAUCACAUUAGAGCCCGAGCAUUGGAACGCCGAAUCCACGGCAAACAUCAGCCUGCGAUUCGUCAAGUUUCAGAAGACAAACACCCUCACCAUUUUUGUUCAGCAAGGGGAUGGUGAAGCGGAUGCUGUGCGCAUCGACCGUAUCAAGCUCAUCGGAGAGGCUGGCGCAAAGAGGGACAUGGGCAAGCUGCAGAAAAUCGAUGAUGAUGAGUAG